AUGUAUUCUGCACAUUACGCCAGAAUGUUUGAAAAAUACAAAUGGAAAAAGAGAAAACAUCCGUUUAAUUUUGCUCAAUCAUGCCCAGUUACACGUAUUGAUGUUGGCAGAAAGCGCAUCGAACAGAAUCCCAGGGUCGUUUCAAAUUCUUCCAGUAUCAAAUCAUCUAACUUGGCAAAUGCAAAUAAAAUAGAAUCUCACGUUUUGCUUAGUAUUGUUGAGGGAAGAGGUCAGUCAACCGGAGAAAUAGGUCUAGCUACUAUCGAUAUCUACUCUGCAAAUGUUGAAUUAUCGCAAUUUCGUGAUACGAGCAGUUACAGUCGAACACUUGUAAAACUUUUGUUAUACUGUCCUGCAGAAAUAAUUAUUCCUAAAUCUGGUUUGGAUCCAAAUAGUUGUAUGAGAAAACUUGUGAAAAUUCUACUCUCUUUACGAGAUGGUAUAACAUUAAAUGGUGUUAACAGAAAUUAUUUCAAUGACAAUCAAGGCUUACAUUAUUUAAGAAGAUUGUGUCAUCCACACUACAUCCCAUCGAUAUAUGCCAUCAAAGAAAAAUUUUAUGCCCUUUCAGCAUUGUCUGCAUUAUUUAAUUAUGCUGAAGAGCUUCAUGGGCUUAUAUAUGCCCCGAAAUCGAUGAAAUUCUCAUUCACAGGAUCUAUUAAAUCUACUAUGAUCGACUUUAAAAGUGCAAAACAUUUACGUUUGGUUAGAAAUAAUUAUGACUAUUCAGCUAAAGAUACACUUUAUUCAGCAAUAGACUAUACUAGUACAGCUAGUGGUGCUCGAUUAUUACGGGCCAACUUAUUGGAACCUCCAUGUGAUUUAGAGACAAUUUUGAAUAGACAAGCUUCAGUUCAUGAACUCAUAUCAUUACCGGAGACUCUGUUUAACAUACAGAAUGUCCUACGUCAAUUCCCUCAUAUUGAUAACCUUUUAUCCCUUUGUGUUCAAAUAUGUUCGUCAUCCAAUAUGAUGUGUAUUGGGAAUGAAACCAUCAAUAAUAAAAUUCAUACUAAUCCAUUUAGAUCAAAUAAACCGAAUGAAGAUUUAUUCAAAUCAUCUGAAAUCUGUACACAAGAAACUGUUACCCAUUCACCUUUAAUAAAUACAGUUAAAAGAAAAUCAACAAGUUUACUGCUUAAAAGACCCACAAAAUCGACAACUUUAACGUCUGCUUCGCCAUUAUCAUUUAUAACUCCCAGUUACGAGAAGUAUUUCCCUUGUAAAAGUGACAUGAUCUAUUUAAAAAAAGCAGUAAACGUUCAAGCAGCAGAAUCUCGAAUUACAAAAGUUAUCGCAAUCAAAUAUAUGUUAGACCUCGUCAAAUUACUGCAUAAUGCUAUGGGUGACGUCAAUUCUACACUGUUGCGAACAUAUAAAGAGCUCUUACAUGAUUCCGAAUAUGAACAUGUAUUAGAUAUUCUGUGCACUGUGCUACAUAAGGAUGUACGAUUGUCAAAAGGAAUGCUAGCUAUGAGAACACAGAAAUGUUUUGCAAUCAAGGAAGGAUUAAGUGUUGUGUUAGAUGUAACACGUAAAGCCUACUCAGAACAACUUGAUGAUAUUACAAAUGAAGUUAGCAGACUUUCACAUCGAUAUAAUCUACCAUUACGAAUAUCUCACAACAAAAUUCGUGGAUUUUACAUUCAAAUACCUGAAGAGUCAUUAAAAGCUUACACAAGAACACCAUCAUCAAAGACUAGUUAUGGAAGUUCAACAUUUCCGAAUAGUGCAAACUUUUUAAAUGAAAACGUCUUUAUCGAAGCAGAAGAAGAGGAAGAAGAAGAAGAAGAAGCAUACAAAAUACUGCAUAGAUAUAAUGAAAAUACUGUUCAUAAUAAAUACCAUCAUAGAACUCUUACAAGAUCCGAGAACAGCACAAAUCCAAUUUUUCAAAAUAUUCCAAAUGAAUUUAAAAAGCUAUUUAUUACGAAAAAUACAAUACAUUGUACAACAGAUUCACUUAUUCGUUUAAAUGAACGAAUUAAAGGAUCACUUUGCGAAGUAUAUCAUAUUGCUGAUCAAAUUAUUAGUGACUUAAUUACUGGAUUGCAUUCAGACAUGGCACUAUUUUAUCGUUUAUCAGAAGUAAUCGCAGGUCUGGAUCUAUUAACUUCACUUGCCAAAAUGUCAUUAAAUUAUUCCCUUAGAAAUCCUUUCGUUUGUCCAAUCUUUAGUGAUACACUUGGAAUUAAAAAUGGACGGAAUAUUGUUAAUGAUGAAUUGACGAAAUCAUUGUUUGUACCAAAUCAUACGUAUGCAUCAUCUGCUUCAAACUUUCAUAUUAUAACUGGACCUCCCAUGUGUGGAAAAACAACCUAUCUUAGACAAAUUGCAUAUAUACAAAUUUUAGCUCAAAUAGGCUCAUUUGUUCCAGCAGAAUUCGCUUCCAUACGUCUUACUGAUCAAAUAUUUUUUCAUACAGAAGGACAUGAUGACCUAAUUUUAGGGGAAUCUAGUUUUAUUAAUGAAAUAAGAGAACUAACUUAUGUUCUACAAAAUUUCUCUAGAUCAUCUAUUAUUUUAAUUGAUGGUUUAUGUCAAAAUACUGACCCUGAUGAAGUUGAAUAUCUCAAUUGGGCUAUCUGUGAAUCUUUAUUGGAACAUAAAGCUUUUACGUUUUUGGCAACCAACCGUUAUGAGUUGACCUCUUUAGCUUCAUUCUAUUCAAAUGUAGAGAAUUAUUAUUUUUCAGUACAAGGAGAAUUUGUACAAACGCAUCAUAGGCAUCAUCAUACAGGUACAUUUGGUCGAAGUAAUUAUGGAACAUCAUUUGUUAACAACAGUAGUAUCAUGGAAGAGUCUCCAUUAGUUCAUAGUUUCUCAGAUGAAAAUUAUCCGAAUGCAUCCAAAAUAAAUGAACAUCUAUACAGUUUUGAAUUCACUGAUUCAGCCAGUCCAAAUAUCGAUCAGAUCACUUUUACUUAUAAAUUAAACAAAGGAAUAUCGCCUAAAGUGAUGUAUGGUAUAGCAUUGGCCAGAUUAACUGCACUUCCUCAAGAGAUAUUGGAUCGAGCUGAAAAACUUUUGAUUUCAUACACUAAAGAAGAAAAUAUACACAAUGAUGACGAGAACAUUAACAACGGAAAAACGAUGACAAUGAAUGAUACGAGAAACUUGAAACAAAUCGAUAAAAAUAUGUGCCCAUAUUUUCAUAAUUUGCAAAGACAAGUAUUGACAACUCAAAAUAACCAUACCGACUUGGAUGUGUCCAUUCCAACUGAAUCCUCACAUUGUACUACCAUGACAGAUUUGAGAAAUGAUAUAACAAACUUAGAACGGAAAGACAGCCAAACGAAUUGUUAUUUAACAGCAAACGAUCGCCUGGAAUUUCAAUUAUUUGGACAAUUACAAAUUAUAUCAAAAGCUUACCAAAUAAUAAACACAGCACAAAAUUUUUCGAAUUCUGAAAUUGUAUACAUUCAGAAUGAAAUUUCGAAUUAUCUCAAAUUUCUAGGAUGUCGAUACCAGAAGAUACUUUCGGAAGCAAAUAUGACACAGUUUUCUCCUUAA